AUGUCCAGCAGCCACACAGCAGUGGGUCAGAAGCUGUCUCCAGCUCCUGGCAGAGUUUCUGUUAAGAGAGAGGCCUCAGUCAGCGGAAUGUCACAGAAUUCAUCAUGUCAAAACUGGCUGGCUGCAGAGAAUAUCUUGAAAAAGUACUACCUCUCCACAUUUUAUGGGAUUGAGUUCGUUUUGGGGAUGCUUGGGAACGUCACAGUGGUGUUCGGCUACCUCUUCUGCCUGAAGAACUGGAACAGCAGCAACGUGUAUCUCUUUAACCUUUCCAUCUCUGACUUCGCUUUCCUGUGCACCCUCCCCAUGCUGAUAAGGAGUUAUGCCAAUGAGACCUGGAUCUAUGGAGAUGUUCUCUGCAUUUGCAACCGAUACGUGCUUCAUGCCAACCUCUACACCAGCAUCCUUUUCCUCACUUUCAUCAGCAUCGAUAGGUACCUGCUCAUGAAGUACCCUUUCCGAGAACAUGUUCUGCAAAAGAAAGAGUUUGCUGUUUUAAUCUCUUUAGCUGUCUGGGUCUUAGUAACCUUAGAAGUCCUACCCAUAUUCCCCUUCAUAAAUUCUGACCAAACAGGCGAAGACAUCAUCUGCAAAGACUAUGCAAGUUCCGGGAACCCUAAAUACAAUCUCAUUUACAGUUUGUGCCUGACCUUGUUGGGCUUCCUCAUUCCUCUCUCUGUGAUGUGCUUCUUCUAUUACAAGAUGGUAGUCUUCCUAAGGAGGAGGAGCAGGCAGCAGGUGACUGCUAUGCCACUGGACAAGCCUCUGCGCUUGGUGGUCCUGGCAGUGGCCAUCUUCUCUGUACUCUUCACACCCUACCACAUCAUGCGCAAUGUGAGGAUAGCCUCACGCCUCGAUAGCUGGCCACAAGGAUGUUCGCAGGAGGUCAUCAAAAUCUUGUACAUUGUGACCCGGCCUCUGGCCUUUCUGAACAGUGCUGUCAACCCCAUCUUCUACUUUCUCAUGGGAGACCACUUCAGAGAGAUGCUGAUUAGUAAACUGAGACAGUACUUCAAAUCCCUUACCUCCUUCAGGACAUGAGCUGGGGAUCUUCUUUUCCCUCCAGGUCUCAUUUACU